AUGUACACAACUACACAUUGAAUAUGUUCAUUUUUCCUUCAGCUCCGUGGAUUCCAGUGGAUUCCGCAGAUUUGAAUUGCGAUAGAAAUUGAUUUUUAUAAGUGCAAAAUUAAGCUAAAUAGCCUCGGAAAAUGUCGGUCAAACUAAAUACAACUAGCUCGCCAUCAGUUGAAUUAAGCUCCUAUCGUGAUCAACAUUUCAAGGGAACAAGAGCUGAACAGGACAGGCUACUAAGAAAUUCCUGUACUUUAUAUGUUGGGAAUCUGUCCUUUUAUACGACGGAGGAGCAAAUAUACGAAUUAUUCUCCAAAUGUGGAGACAUAAGACGAAUAAUUAUGGGUCUUGAUAAAUAUAAGAAGACACCAUGUGGCUUCUGUUUUAUUGAGUACUACAAUAGAGCCGAUGCAGAAAGUUGCAUGAGGUAUAUAAACGGAACUCGGUUAGAUGAUCGAAUCAUCAGAACUGACUGGGACGCGGGCUUUAUCGAAGGCCGACAAUAUGGUCGUGGAAAAACAGGAGGACAAGUGAGGGACGAGUACCGUUCAGACUUUGAUAGUGGACGAGGUGGUUACGGUAAAAUAAUACAACAGAAAGUAACAUCGCUUUCUGACGGUGGAUUUGGACGGUGAAAGUCCAAGUGUAAAUAUGUUUAUAUAUUAAGCUUAUUCUAAGUAAUAGUAAAAGUAAGGAAUAAUUUGGUGAAUUAGAAAAUUUCGAUACUUUGAAUAAAUGUUUUGCAUCACAAACAAAGGAAA